AUCAUAACCUAAAAUGUUUUUCAAAAAAAAUGAUGGAUUUUGGUUUGUGUUUAGUUAUUUUUUUUUAAAUUUAUUUUUAGUUAUUUCGCGUGAAUACUGACUUACUUAUUACUUGUAUGUUCAAAAUGAAUAUCCCGGGAGCUUUUCUCAGAAGAUCGUACAGGCUUAAAUGUACAAAAUGCCUUGGUCGAUCGCUUUCAACAGCCACAGAAGAAAAAAUUGAAAUCCCCGCACGUAUUGAAAGGGGCCCAACAGAUAUAUUACGAGCCCUAGAAAGCACCAUUACGAGAGAUAUAACAGCCGCCCAUUACAAAUAUCAUGACGAUCCUUAUUUACUUCCUAUGAACAAUUUGGCUAAAAGGUCUUUUGCUAUGGCACAAGAAGCAGGUCGUAAAGCUGCUCAUUGGGUGAGAAGUCAACAUCCAGAAUUAUUUAAUCACCAAGAGUGUGAUCCACCAAUUGAAGCCUUUUUUCCUAAAAUGGUUUAUAAUGAAAAUAGUGAAGUUACAGAGGAAGAUUUGAAGAAUGUAAUUGAUAGGGCACAAGUUUCAGAUGCCAUUCUUAUAAAUAAUCUACUCAAGGCCAAAGGCCUAGAAAUAACAAACGAAACCAAACAAAGUUUACUAGAAUUGUUAUGUUAUAAUAACAGUGAAGAUAUUUUAGAUGAAGAGUUUAUUGAAGAACGAUGGUUCAAACAGAGUUCAGGUAUAAAAGACAGACAACGAAAAACUUGGAAAGAUGCAAGUGCAGCCGAAGAAAUUUUCAUAAGUAUUGAUAAACCCACAUCAGAUUCUUAUUCGGCGAUAAUCCAAGGAAUGGCUAAAUUUAAUCAAGCUGCUAGAGCCUAUCAGUUACUUGAAGAAGCUCAAGAAAAAGGAUUUGAACUAAAUAUUCAUGCUUAUAAUUCUAUUAUUAAAUGUGCUAAUUUCAUUAAGGAAAAUUAUGAUUUGAGGUGGUCAUUUAUAGUGAAUAUGUUGGAAAGAAUCAAACAAGCAGGUUUAAAACCAAAUUUAGGUACACUAAACGCAGUUUUGUUCACCUUAAGCACAAUGGUCAACAGCAGAAUGGUUAAAGAUUUUGCUUUGAAAACACUUAACGAAUUUAAAAGUUUGGACAUUGAACCUAGCUUGGGAUCUUGGUAUUACAUACUGAUUACUUUCUGCAAAGAUAGGGGCCCAAGAAGUGCAGUUUUAAAAAACAUCCUGAAUGAAAUUGAAAAUAAAAAUCACAAGAUUCAAGAUUUGAGCGACACACAUUUUUUUGUUACUGCAAUGGACAUUGCUCAUCAUCAUUUGAAUGACAUCAGCGUAGGGCAGAGGCUGCAUAAGCUUCUUUUGUUCGGUAACAAUUAUGAUUUAAUUGGGGACUCCUAUAAGGAAUCUAUUUAUUACCGGCAUUAUUUCAGUCUGGUACUGUCAAAUGUACCAUUACAAGACUUCAUGGAAAGCAUGUACAAUAAGUUGGUGCCGAAUAUUUAUGUACCAGAACCAUCAGUUAUGCGUGAAGUUAUAAAGCAGAUUGAGUUAAACGCCUUGAUAGAAUAUAUUCCAAGAAUCUGGUCUGAUAUUAUUGUAUUUAAUCAGCACAACCGAGAAGAUCUCUUAAAUCUAAUAUUGAGUGUUAUGGUCGAUAACAAGCCAAAACAAGAUACAGAAUUAGUGGAAAAGUUCGCUAAUAUUGGAUGGGACAUAUAUGAAACCAUUGAUGGACAAAAUCAAGAGAGAUACUCAAAUUUACAGUUUACGGGCGAUCUAUUGGGAAAAAUUAUGAUUGUUCUCCUAAGAAAUGACAAUUUUGAAAAGGCAUGUACUGUGAUGAAUAAAUUGGACCAUCAACAUCAGUCGAUUGUAGGAGUUCCUUGUUUUGAAGCUUUAUCACUUUUCGUGGAUCAUUGCAUUAAAAAUAAAGCCCCAUCUCGAGCCAUUGAAUGUAUUCAAUAUGCUUCGGACAGUGGUUUUCCUGACAUUAUAACUUUGGGAGCCAAAUUAAAUGAACAAUUGACUUUAGAUGAAAAACAUUUGAAUAGAUUAUCGAAAUUUGUUGAUCUUAAACUUUCUUAACAAUACUUAAACGUAAGAGGUUAAUUUUAAUAAAUUAGUCAAGAUUUUUUUUUCUGUUUUGAAAUGCUCUUGUGGGUUAUAUGCACUUAUAUGUUAUGGCGGUUUUACACUAAACCAACUAAACUGCUGGACAAUUGCUUUUGGGCAAAAGAAAAAUUUUGCCUAACUUUCAACCUGAAGUUCCUGUUGUCUAUGUUUUCUGUCAUUUAAACCAGAGAAACAGUGGUAGUUCAGUUUUGUUUUGUUGCUUUAUUUUCUAGUUUAGUUCUUUGUUAGUCCAAAAGAAAGAAGUAGUUUGUUAUGUAAUAAAAAUAAGUACCUAUGUUUAGUAAGAAACAAUAAAAAUAAAUCAUUUUGUUCACG